AUGUUUUUAUUAUUAUUAAUUUUUUAAGUUAAAUCAGAAGUUGAAAAAUAGGGAAAUACCGUUUUGUAUAAGAAGGAUGCCUAAUUUGCCUACAUAGAUUUAGACACCUGUCCGAUCUUACUUUAUAAGGAUCCAAUCUAUAAUACAGAAACUAAAAAAAUAUAAUGGAUUCAAUUCUGUUAAUCAAUAUAGGGAAAAGUUAAAGUUAAUGAACCAACAACUUUAGAUGUCAUAUAGUAAAGUUCAGAAGCUCAAAGACUAUCUGCAGAUAUAAGGUAUGAGAAAUAUUUCUGUACUGAUAAUUAUUAAUUGACGGAUAAAGGCGAAAAUGCAUGUUGUUGUGCAGCUGAAAACAUUAAUACUGAACUUUCUACAUAAGGAUUAACCGCUGUCAUUGUAGUUCCAAUAGUAUUUUUUAUUGGUGGAUUGAUUAUGGCAAAGUUGAAUUCUCAUAAUAGUAGGACAGCAUGGAUUCAUGAAUUUGAAUAAGCAUUAUCAAAAGCUUGA